CAAUUGAGCCUCCACCGGGAUGGGAUUAGGAAAUGACGUCAUAACAUGGCGGCUCAGUGUGGACCUCUGGACAGGCGGUUGGGUCAACAUUUAUGUUAGGUCGUUAUUUUAGACGCUGAGCGGUUGAACUAGAAACAGGGCGUGCGUUAAUGUCACCUCAGUCUCUGGUUAUCCACGCAUUUACAUCUCAACGGUUAGUUACCGAUCUAACGUGAGGUGACGCUCAUUUUGACGGAACCCUCUCUAAAGAGCUCGAGCGGGCCCCGGACGCUUCCACGAGCCCGGAAGAACACGUCCAACGAGGAGGUGAGAAAAACGAACGCACUUUGGUUAGAAAUUACUUUUGUAACGUAUUCAUAUCAAUCGUGUGAUUACCAUAUUUAAAAUGCAAACGGGUUAAAUAUAACCAAAGGGAUUGAAAUACGUGUAUAGCCCACAGAGCGGUCAGCUGCUUUGCUACCGUUAGUUUUCUCAGAGUUCAGCUACAGUAGAUUAGUCUUCCUAACUAACAUUCUAUGAAUUCGCCUAAUUUGCAUGAAACUCACACAUUGCAUAGCAGCUGUCUGUGUGAACAGUAACCAGAUAUAUGUAUCCUCAUCCAGCUACACAACCAGGCUGCUCAGAGUCCUCAAGAUGUCGCUGUUCUUCAUUGUACAUGUAUAACAUAUUUAUAAUCAGCUCCACCUCGACCAACUACAACGAUAUAAUGCCACGCGGUCAUUAAUGCAACUGUAAUAAUAUUCCAGUAAUAGAAUAAUAUAACGCUAAUGGCAUUAUUCUGCAUUAAUAAUAGUUUAAACUUAAGUAACAUAUUUAACGCAGUGUUUGCAAUCAAUUAUUAUUUCUUCGUUAUAUUGCUGCUUUAACGAAGGAUCUAAGUACAUCCUAUCCUUCUGCCUAUUUAUAUCUCUGUCUAAUUCUAAGUGACCUUACUAGCACUGUGUGUUGGUUUAACAGGCUAUACAGAAGACCAAACCAUGAUGAUAUUUUCUCCUUCCAUAACAAUGACAAAUCCACAGUGUUUUGCUUGUAAAACAGACAUCAAAAAGGUAGCAGGGACAGGUUACGUAAAAGUUGCUGCGUGUCUAACAUUCAGUGGUUACGAGGGCACAGCAGCACCCAUAAAGGCAUCCAUCCGAACGAAUGAACGAUGACGCAGCCAGAUGCGGAGCAACAGGUUACAGCUGUCCUGCAGGAAAAGGGCUCAUACAGGAAUGCACAACCUAAUGCUCCUUGACAUAAAUGGGGCAAACAAUGUAUUCAACUUGUUGAACAAAAAUGCACCGGUGUAUUUAGCAGCCUUUUACAUUCAGAGUGAUCUUCAAUGAGUGAAGCAUUUGCAGGAUGAAAUUUAAAAAACAGAGCCGACUCAUCAUUUGGAAGCACUGGAGACAACAUUGGUCUUCCUCUCUGGGAACACAUUGGACUUUUUGAAUAUCCGGUGCUCUGAUAAAUCAUGGCUAUACCAUGCACGGACCAGCUACCUGUUUGGAAGGAGGAAGUGUUUCACACUAUCUAUUCUGGGAAUACCCAUUUUAUCUUACACUUGUGUAAUGUUAUCUUACUGGUGCAACUACAUUUAGUUUAGGAAGUUAAUGACAUUUUAGUGGGUCCAACUUGAGUAGUUGAGUUCCUAAUUUCAGUUGGUGUAACCUUUCCUCACCCAACUAGGCCACUCAUAGAGGAUCUUAAGUGUUAAAAAUAGUCCACCUUGCACUUGUAAUAAAAAAAGGUUCACAGAUCAGUCAGAUGCUUGUUUGUUUCAGUUCUGCUUUUUUUCUUUAAAUAAUUUGCCUUUAGGAAACACGUGAAUCACAACCCUUUUUAAAGCGGUUUUAAGUUAUGACCAUAUUAUACUGUUGUAUUUUAUUUUUACUACCAUCUCAUUAUAAAUAACACUUGACAGGUAGUCCAAUGAAUGUAGUUUGUUUCAUGGCAGUAAAGAGCUCCUUGUUCUGACACAGUCCCAGUAAACUGCAGGGUUUGUCAAGUGCACUCAGUGAUUGUGGACAUGGAGAACUCUUUCUGUCAUUGUGUCAGUCAGCAAGUUUUAAUAGCAUACAGUAAAAUCUGGGCUUCAGCUGAGUCCGCCAAUAAUGUUGUUGUUCUGUAACAGGGGGAUGGAGAUAGACUGCCAGCCCGAGGAAUCCGUCGUCUCUUCCUUUGACGAGGACUGUGCUGUGCUCGGCCACGUCAAGGACAUGAGUUUGGAGGCAGAGGCGGUGGUAAAUGACGUACGUUUUGCCGUUGACGAAAUGCACGUGUCACAAAGUCUCAGCAGCGCGUCAGAUGUGGCCUACAUAAACGUGGAAACACGAGAGGGAAACCGGUAUUGUCUGGAGCUCACAGAGUCGGGAUUAAGGGUGGUGGGCUAUGCCUUCAAUCAAGUGGACGAGGAUUUAGACACCCAGUAUUACGAGACUGUUUACUCACUUCUCGACAAGCUGAGUCCGGGCUACAGAGAAGCCUUUGGGAACGCUUUGCUCCAGCGGCUAGAGAGGCUGAAGCAAAGCGGACAUUAAAAAGGACCAAGUUGAAGAAGUGGAACAGAGGUUGAUGAUUUGGGUAAAUUUGGAUAUAUGAGCCAAGUCUGGUCAAAUAUUAUAGCCUGUUAUGUGACAUCAACCUGCCUAGCUACCACUACAGUAAGGCUUACCCUGCUCCAUCAACCACUACAGUAAGGCUUACCCUGCUCUAUCAACUCUUUGUUCUGACUUCCAUAUCAUUGAAUGUCAUGUUGCUUGGUGGUUUUGGCUGUAUGGGGUCUGUUGCAACAUUGCGUUGACUUUACUGUGGAAAGAUUUUCCAACGGUGCACAUCGUUUGAGAAUCCUGCACCUUUUGUACUCAUCAGAAUGGUCUGAGAAAUAAGUAGGUUGUUCGAAUUAUAGAUCCAGUUGCAUGCACUAAAACUGACCCGACAUCUGUUCAAAUGUACCAACUAGUUCUUAUUCAGCAAGUGAAAGACCCAAAGCUAUAUUCUGUCCACUCAUGUAUAUACUGCCUUAAUGACUGCUAUUUUGUGGGGCUGACAUUUCACAUGGAUAACUAGGUCAGAAACUUUUUGAAAAGGUUUAUACAAUCUCAAUUAUCAAGUUAAUUUUUUUUAUUUUUCUCCAUACUGCAUUGUAACUCAAGCUUACAUUUCAAGCUUUUGCUGUAAAAGUGAUCACUGUACAAGCUAUAUUUAUGUUGUAGUCUCAAAUUUUGGUUAAUUGUCAUAAUACAGUUUCAUAUGUCCUUCAGUGUUAGUCAUUCCUUGCUGCUGGCCUUUGCGCAGAACAGAUUCUGAGAAUUACAUUUGUCUUCAUUUUUACAUCUACAAAUGUCUGACAGAAGGCAAACCAAGGCUAAGCAGCUGCAUUUUAAAACAAUAAAGUUUCUUCACCACUGCGUCAUCAA